AUGGACAAUCACGCCAGCUUUUUCACUCCUCUCCAGCAGAAAUUUGUCCAAAUUCUGUCUAACUACGAAAAAGAUCCGAAGACCCUGCAAAUUCACGAAGAGUGCGACCAAAUGGACGUCGUGACUUCCUAUUUCAAACUUCUUCUGCUUGAAAAAACGCGUCUUUUGCAAUACGGACAAGCUAGUUUCGCUGUUCACCUCAUUGACGAAGAAAUCGGUCGGCUUUUCAUGGCGCCAAUUUCCAUGGCUGACAUUGGAAUUCUCGAGGAAUGCGGUCGGAAAGCGCUUCGAUUCACUGAACUUGGAGCUCAUUCCUCUGAUUCCGAUGAUUCGAUGCAUUCGGAUGAGGAUGAGGUCACUCUGACCGAAAGUGUUCGAAUCCCGAUCGAAACCUAUCCAACAUACAACUUCAUCGGUCGUAUUAUUGGUCCACGUGGAAUGACUGCCAAGCAGCUCGAAAAAGACACUGGUUGCCGUAUUAUGAUUCGAGGAAGUUAUUCCAACAAAAUCUAUGGAAACUCGGCUCAAAAAAACCACGGAGACGGAGUUCAAGACGCAAUUGACUCUCCACUUCGCGUCAUCAUAGAGACAAGUGGUCCACGUCGUGAAGCAACGGCUCGUAUCACUGAAGCUCUGAAUGUCGUCAAUUCACUCUUGGUUCCACCUCCGGAUGGUCGUGACGAGCUGAAACGCCGACAACUCGUCGAGCUCGCUAUCAUGAACGGCACAUACCGUCCAACUUGCCCCACCCAUGACUAA